AUGGCCUCAGAACAUAGCGUCGCUAAAGUCCUCCUCGAAUGGAUAAACAGCUUCUCCCUCGGCAAGACGAUCAGAGAUACCGAAGAACUGAGUGACGGUAUUAUCUUAUGGGAAAUUUUACAGGACAUCGACCCUCAAUAUUUCCUCGACGAACUCCCUGAGCGCAACCCAUCCGACCACUGGGUCACGAAAUGGCAGAACCUCAAACACCUCCACAAACUCUUGACGGGGUACAUUCGCAAACAAUUCGAUGAUGAGAUUCCUUCCGGGUUGGAUCCGUCGCCUGACCUCAAGGCGAUUUCCGAGUCGAAUUCGCUAAAGGAGACGAAUAAGUUGCUCAAAUUACUCCUGAUUGCGGUUAUCAGCUCGCCCAACGCCGAGACGUACGUGACGACAUUGCAGAAGUUGAGUACACCGACUCAGGAGGGGCUGAAGAACAUUAUUGAGGAGGCGCACAAUUCACAACAUGAGGAUCUGUCGGCGGACGAGGACGAUCGAGAUGGCGCUGCGAAGCGUGACCUCGCAGUUGACCCGGAGCUACAAUUUGAGGAGCGAGUAGGCAAGGUGCUGGCGGAAAAUGAUCGGCUGGCAACAGAGAAGAAAGAGAUGGAGAAAGCAUUGGAGGAUUUGCAUAAUCGGUUAGCUCGUUUGCAGGAGAACAAUGAUACUCUACAGACCCGGCUUGCUUCAACUGAGGAUCGACUAGUCACGCUCAAAUCUGGCAAAGGAGACGCGGGGUUCAGUGCAAAGGCUCUGGAGAGCAGAUCAAGGCAGCAAGAGGAGCUUAUUGCUAACCAAGAAGCAAAGAUAUCGGCUGCUCAGGAUGAAAUCGAUAGUCUCACGAUGUCCCUAGAGUCUAUGCGCGUCAAGACUCAAAGAUUCCAAAAAUUACAGGAUGACUACGACGAGAUGAAAACAGAGAGAGAACAGUUGGUCCGCAAAGCAAACGCGGCAGAAAAAUACCGCCAGAAACUGCAAGCAAGCCAGGACUUUGAAAAGGAGAACCAAACACUCAAGAACCAGGUCAAGGACCUUCAGCAACAAUUGAAAGAUGCAGACUCAAACCAGAAGCGAUCUUCGGAACGCGAUGUGGAGCUUGAAGAGUAUAGACGUGUGUUGCCACGCAUCGAGCAGGAUCGCCAUGAGAUUCAGAGUUUGAAGAAACAGUUGGAGUUCAAUAAUCAUGCUUUGACCGAGCGUUUGCAGAGUGCGGAAGAACAACGGGAUAGGGAUGAGGCUUUGAUUAGCGAAUUGCGUGAGCGGAUUCGGGAAUUAGAGGGUUCGACUGAUAGUCCUUCCUACACGCCUGGAAACGCAUCUCCGAGAUUGCAAAGUACUUUGCAGAAAGAUCUCGACGACAUUGGGGCAAGAGAGACACAGCUGAAAUCCGAGAACGAGGAAUUGAAGAAGGAGGUGCACAAACUGAAGACCACCAACACGCUCGGAUCUAGUCUUGAAUCGUACUCUGAAAAUCUAGUCCUAACGGCACAACUUGCUCAAGCAAAGUCUACACAGAGUGACGAGUACUGGAAGCUUUACGACCAAUAUGCCGAUAUUCGUCAAAAGCUCGCUGAUGCCGAAGACCUGAUUGAUAGCACCAAGAGACAGCUCGACGACGCCCGAGCAGAGUUACAACUCGUCAGCAAAGAGAAGCUCGACAUGAUUGCCGAAGUCAAAGACUCCAACUCAAGCGAGAUCACCAAAGUCCGCGAAGAUUGGGACGAACUUACCCGCAAAAUUCACCAUCUCGAAGCCGAAAUCGACGCCUCCCAAGCUUUGGUCCGAGACAUGGUCGUUGAACGCGACGAAUUGCGUGCUAUUCUCGACGAGAAACAGGUCGCAAUGCGUGCCGAGGAUGAAGAAUUCAUGAAGGAGAUCGAGACAUUGUUGGCUGAGUUUGCGACGAGAGCGAAGAAUGAGAAUCCGGAUGCGCCUCAAAAAUCGGGUAUUGAGUUAUUGAAGCAUUUUGCAGAGGUUACGGAGAAGAGUGCGGAGACACUUGCUAGAAGGGCUGAGUAUAUCGACCAGCAAGGCGAUCUCAUCAAAUCACUGCAGGAGCAGAUUAAACACAUCGAGGACGCCAGGAGUGAUCAAGACGAUGAAAGCAUCCCCAAACAACGCGAGAUUGAACUCCAAGAAAUAAUCAACCGCCAAUCCCGCGAAUUGUCACUUGUCAUGUCAGCAUGGUACGACCUCCAAGGCCGUCUUCAACACAGCAACAUCACAGUCGCACGAUACCGCCAUCCUGCUACAUCAGGUACUGGGGGAGGCACAGAACCAAAGGGAUGGCUUGCGAGACAGAGAAGUCUUGUCUCCGCAGCGAGUUCUGGUCGAUGA